UCGGGCUUGAGAUGGUCCCUAGUAUAGAGGGACCUGUGUGGGCAGGGAGAGAGCUCCUCUGAACCCCGAUUGCAGACCAGGGACUAAGGGGUCACUGGCAAGGGGCCCUGCUGGCCAGCCCAGAGCAGCCUAAGACUCACCGAUCUUCUUGUCCACUGAAUGACCUGCCAUUGCUCUUUUCUCUGCUUUGGACAUCCCCCACUCCUCUUCCCAGUGGUUAAGCCUCUAGAGGGAAAGUAACAGUUUAACCCAUGAGAGGGCAUUAUAAGUGCAGGUGGGGGAGCAGAGGACUUGGUUCUUGGCCCCUGCAAUCCGGGCCAGCCCCCCGCUGAAGCCUGGUCCCAACAGGAAUCCCGCCCCAGUCACACCAGGGCAGUACUUGGGAACAGGAGUUGGAGGGGGGAAUGUCCUGGGCCUCUUUUCCCAUCUGCAGCUGAGACCAGUUGGCCUGGAAGAGGGGGGGCCCCCCACAGCUCUGGCGUUUCCGGCCUCCAAGGGCCAAACAGAUCAGAUGGUAAGGCCGGGGCUCCGGGUGACCAGCCCAGCCCUACUCCACUGACGGAGUCUUCUUCGACCACACCAGGGCAGCACUCAAGGAGCAGGCACUGGGGGCUCCUGGAGCCACCAUGACCUUUGCCAACCUGCUGGAGCAGCUCGGAGGACUAGGGCGCUUCCAGCGGCUUCACAUCAUGGCACUCGUGACCCCCAUACUCCUGACGGCCUCUCAUAACCUCUUGCAGAAUUUCUCAGCAGCAGUGCCCCCGCACCACUGCCGGCUCCAGCCAGUGCCCCUCGGUGCCAACCAGAUGGGGAACCUCACCCCUGAGACCUUGCUCAGGCUAUGGGUUCCACUGGACAGGGGCCACCAGCCUGAGAGAUGCCAACAAUUCUCCCAACCCCACUGGCAAGGCCUGGAGUCCAAUGAUACUGCCCACAACAGGAGCACCCCCAACAUCGAGCCGUGCCGAGAUGGAUGGACCUAUGACCGCAGCGAGUUUGAGGCCACCAUUGCAACAGAGUGGGACCUGGUAUGUGACUCCUGGAAACUGACCCAGAUGGCACAAUCCAUUUACAUGGCAGGGGUACUUGUGGGAGCCAUGGUGUUUGGGAGCUUGGCAGACAGGUUUGGCCGGAAGGCCCUGCUGAGCUGGUCCUACCUACAGCUGGGGGUGACAGGGACUGCCACUGCUUUCUCCCCCAAUUACUCCACCUACUGUGCCCUGCGUUUUCUGGUUGGGAUGGCGGUCUCUGGGAUCAUCCUCAAUUGUAUGUCUCUGGUUCUAGAGUGGUCCCCCACCAGGACCCGCACAAUUACGGGGACCCUGGUUAGCUACUCUGCCACCCUAGGGCAGAUCCUCCUCCCAGGCCUGGCAUACGCCCUCCCCAACUGGCGAUGGCUUCAGCUCACUAUCUCUCUGCCUUUCUUUGCCUUCUUCUGCUACUCCUGGUGGUUUGCAGAGUCCGCCCGAUGGCUGGUCCUGGCUGGGAGACCAGAGCAGGCGGUCCAAGUGCUGAAGAGGGUAGCUCGCAUCAAUGGAAAGAAGGUGGAAGGAGAUAAACUCAGCACUGAGACACUCAAGUCCCAUCUUCAGAAAGAACUGGAUCUGGCUCAGACCCCCGGAACCCCCUGGGACCUGAUCCGCACACCCACCAUUCGGCGUAUCUCCAAGUGCCUAGCUGCUGUCUGGUUUGCCACCAGUUUCGCCUACUACGGGGUGGCCAUGGACCUGCAGGGCUUCGGACUCCGGGUACACAUGCUGCAGCUGCUCUUUGGCAUCGUGGAUAUUCCAGCCAAGCUGCUCUCCACCCUGGGCAUGAGCCGAGCUGGGCGCAGGGUCGCUCAAGUGGCCACCCUGGUCCUAGCCGGACUGGGCAUCCUGGCCAACCUCUUUGUGCCUGCAGAACUCCCUGCCCUCCGCACAGCUCUGGCUGUGUUAGGCAAGGGCUGCCUGGCUGCCUCCUUCAACUGCAUCUACCUGUACACGGGGGAGCUGUACCCCACGGCCAUCAGGCAGACUGGCCUGGGGGUGGGAAGCACCAUGGCCCGGGUUGGGGGCAUCGUGGCCCCACUGGUAAAGCUGAUGGGUGAGCAGAUGCCUCUGGUGCCCCCCAUCAUUUACGGCUCCAUCCCAAUGCUCUCCGGCCUCGUGGCCCUGGGGCUGCCCGAAACCAGGAACCGGCCCCUGAAGGACACAGUGGAAGAGGUAGAGAGCAGGCUUGCCCAGCAGCAGGGCACGGACCCUUAGGAGAAAGGAGCCCUGCAGGUGGUGGCCGAGCACAACCGAGAUCCCAGGUGACCAGAAGACGUCUCCGAGGCCCGAUGGGCCGGCUGGGAGGCAGGACCCCCGAGUUCCGUUCUGUGCUGUUCCUGGCGCUCUUCCCGGCCAGAGGAUGCCAUGCACAAGCCCAAAGGCAGAGUCCUCACCUUCUGGGGCUCAGCCUCCCCCCUGUGGCCUCCAUCGGAAAGAGAAGGGGGGCCUGCUGCUGUCUGCACUCCCUCCGCUUGUGUCCCCUUUGGGGAGCAGUGCCGGCCGGGCUCUACCGCCUAAUAAAGGGUGGCUAAUAAA